CCAAAAUCGUAAAUCUUCCCGAGACUAUAUCACAUUUCUUCAAUAGGCCCAGUUAGUGGACUCAGUGUCGGCUUAUUUAUUUACCGCCCACUUAUGCUAUGUCCCUCUGAAACAGUCUUCAUCCUCGAUCUGAGUAUACUCGGAGCAACAGCUAUGGACAGAGAGUGGGGUUCGAAGCCGGGGAGCGGCGGCGCCGCCUCCGCCCAGAAUGAGGCCAUCGACCGCCGCGAGCGUCUCCGCCGUCUCGCUCUCGAGACUAUUGAUUUGGCAAAAGAUCCAUAUUUUAUGCGCAACCAUCUCGGGAGUUAUGAAUGCAAGCUUUGUUUGACAUUGCACAACAAUGAGGGGAAUUACCUGGCGCAUACGCAGGGCAAGCGUCACCAGACUAACUUGGCUAAGCGAGCAGCUCGUGAAGCCAAAGAAGCUCCUGCUCAGCCGCAGCCUCAUAAGCGGAACGUCACCCUCAAGAAAAUUGUUAAAAUUGGCAGGCCUGGGUAUCGGGUGACUAAGCAGUUUGACCCGGAGACAAAACAGAGAUCCUUGCUUUUCCAGAUUGAGUAUCCCGAGAUUGAAGAUAAUACAAAGCCAAGGCAUCGGUUUAUGUCAUCUUUUGAGCAGAAAGUCGAACCAUUUGACAAAAAAUAUCAGUAUCUUAUAUUUGCUGCCGAACCUUAUGAAAACAUAGCAUUCAAGGUCCCAAGCACAGAGAUCGAUAAAUCAACCCCCAAAUUCUUCACCCACUGGGACCCCGACUCAAAGAUGUUCACCUUGCAAUUGUAUUUCAAGACAAAGCCACCGGAGGCGAAUAAACCUCCGCCGCCUGCAGCCAACGGCACAGUAGCUCCAGGGCCUUUGCCACCGCCGCCACAAGGCCUUCCACCACCUCCACCGCCACAAGGACCUCCGCCUCCCGGGCCACCUGCCGGAAACCCUCCUCGGCCACCAUCAUCAAUGCCUCUUCCUCCUCCUCCUCCUAUGGCCAAUGGGCCUAGGCCUAUGCCACCUGGUGGGAAUUUAUCCGCUCCACCACCUCCGCCAACUGGCGGUGGUCCUAUGGCAGUGAACUUUACUCCCGGCAUGCAGAUGGGAAGGCCUCCCAUGCCGCCACCUCAAGGAUUUCCGGGUCAGCAAAUGCAGGGGCAGUACCCACCCCCUCCGCCACCUAACAUGGGUUGAGUUCUGAAGACAUUAAAGUGAUUUUGUGGUGUUUGGUGUAUUGACUGAGAAUUGUCAGAUUGCGGUCAGCUUUCUGCAACUAUAAACACUUUAGUUUUACAUUUGAAUUGUAGAAUGUGUUUUGGCUGAACGAAAGCUUGGUUGUGGUAAUUAUAUUACAAAAGUGAAGUUUGUGAGUUGUGAUCUGUUAUGAUUGUUUUCGACUCUUAUCAUUGUCCAAUCCACUGUAUUGCUUUUGGAAGCAAGCUUUUGAUUCAUCUUUGGUUGCGAUGACUUUUAUCAUUGUCCAAUCCACUGUAUUUUCUUUUUACUCAUCCAGCUUUGCUUUGCUUUGCUUUC